AUGCCCGAGGUAUUGGUAACUGUACCACCAUUGCAAUUGCAAUCGGAACUCUCUAGUGAAGCGGAAGCAACUUCGACCAGUGCCGAAGCAACAGCUCGAUCCUCAAAUAGUCGAGACUCGGAUUGCUCUACAAGUAAUAAGAGAAAACAGCAAACCUCGCUUGGUCUGCAUAGUAAGAGUAAAUUGCGCAAACCAUAUGGCGCCCGUUCGCAAUGGAAGUCAUCUCUUAAAAUCACUUCUCAGCAAAAAGCUACAACGGCCUUUAAAUUGAAGUCUCAUAUUCCGAGAGCUCUUCUAUUGACGCCAUCUUCGUCGACUACAUCUUUUACAACAAGCGGUUCGGUCUCUUCACGCGCUUUAGUAUCGAUACGAAAAGCAACUGCGGCGGAUUUAUUAACUUUGACGCCUGCUGAGAAAGCAUUAACUAGCAUUCAGAAGCAGAGGACGCUCGCCAUUUCGUCAUUUCGACAAAGGAAAUCUUUCUCUCAAAUGGAUUUUAAACACGCGCGCCGUAAUAUGAGUGAAACAGUGGCAAUGCGCCAGAGUCCAAUUAACGGCAAUCGAAACAAUGUAAUGUGUCGGAAAUUUUCGUGUUCUCCUGCCAUGGUGGCGCAAGCAAAGCAAGAUUCAUUCACGCAUAAUCUAUACAAUGAUGACGACCCCUAUUAUACAGUUCACCCGGAUCCGCGUAUGGCGGGACUACGAAUUUAUACCGCGAUCAUGUUAAACGCCUGGCGCAAGCGACGCGACGAAGUCAAACGUUUAGUCGAAGAGGUCAACGAUUUGAAGCGUGCGGCUAUUAAGGCUAAAAAUCAAUUGCAUGUUUUCAAUACACUAUUUCGUGUCGAGCAGAAACGCAACGAUGAACUCAACUCUCAACUGAAAAGGUCUCUUGAAGAUAUCAAUAUUACAAAAUCAUCUUGCGAGGGACUGACAACGUCGUUAAUAAGCCUUAAAGCCGACAAAGCAUUAUUGGAGCAGCAGUUGCAGAUAAAAGACCAGGAAUACGAUAGUCUAAAUGCUUUGCAGUCUCAAACUAAAUCCGAUCUUUUUAAAGCAAUGGCAACUCAACGUGAUAUUCAGAGCGCCUUGUCAUUGGAACAACGCAAAGUUCAAACGUUAGAAAAUCAGAAAAAUGAACUUAUCAACGAGAUUUACGAGCUUAAUAACGAAGCCGCCCAGAAGGAGGCAGGUUUGGUGGGACAGAUUCAACAGAAAGAGUAUGAAAAUUCAACUUUGAAAGAAUACAUAAAAAAAUUAGAGGAACAGAUCGGCAUUUUAAAAGAAUCUGGAGAAGUAUUUUUGCGUACUCGUGUUACCAACGAAGAGACGUUGAAAAAAGAAAUUGAAAGCCUUCAUCUUGAAAUCGAAUCAAUGCAAAAGUUGGUGAAGAAGACAUUUAUUAAUCGUCUCAAGGGCUAUUGGCGUACUUCUCUACAAUGCCAAAAGUCCACCUUGCAUAUGUUACACUUGGUUGCUUAUUAUAUGUUCCCUGCAACCCCUCCGCCGAAACUCACUAGUUUUCCUUUGCCUUCUUUCAACUUGAAUAAGGCUCUUAACAUUAUCAGACGUUAG